CCGGUGGAGGCGAGGAGAGCGGAAGUGGCGUUGGUCUGGCCGGAGCCCUUGGGUGAAAUUGUUAGGCGUGGAGGGGGAGUGAUGUCUUCCAGAUUCGGUGCAGUCACCGCCACCCCGGGACCCACAUCUUUUAAGCAGCAGAGGAGCACCAGGAUCGUGGGAGCUAAGAACAGCAGGACCCAGUGCUCCAUAAAGGACAAUAGCUUCCAGUACACUAUCCCUCAUGAUGACUCCUUGAGUGGCUCCUCAUCUGCCUCCUCCUGCGAACCAGUGAGUGAUUUCCCAGCAUCCUUCCAGAAAUCUACCUACUGGAUGAAGAUGAGAAGAAUCAAGCCUGCUGCUACUUCACAAGUUGAAGGCGCAGGUGCAAAGGAAAAGGAAAAGGCCAAAGGAAAGAGGAAAGUCAAGCAGGAAGAAGAUGAAGACUACCACGAGCUUCCUCAGAAGAAGCACAAGCUGUAUGGGAGGAAGCAGCGGCCUAAAGCUCAGCCUCACCCCAAACCCCAGGCUCGUCGGGUUCGGAAGGAAGUACCAGUUUAUGCAGCAGGAAGUAUGGAGGAAAAAUGGUACUUAGAAAUCAUGGAUAAAGGCAGUGUUUCCUGUCCUACGUGCCAGGCAGUGGGGAGAAAGACUAUAGAGGGUUUAAAGAAACACAUGGAAAACUGCAAACAGGAACUGUUUACUUGCCAUCAUUGUGGGAAACAGCUUCAUUCACUGGCAGGAAUGAAGUAUCACGUCAUGGCCAAUCAUAAUAGUUUGCCAAUUUUGAAGGCAGGCGAUGAAGUGGAUGAGCCAAGCGAAAGGGAGCGGCUGCGAACAGUUCUGAAGAGAAUGGGAAAGCUCAGGUGCAUGCGUGAGAGUUGCUCCAGUACCUUCACUAGCAUUAUGGGAUAUCUGUAUCAUGUCAGAAAAUGUGGCAAAGAGGCUGCAGAGCUAGAGAAGUUGACCCUGAAAUGUCACCACUGUGGAAAACCAUACAAGUCAAAGGCUGGGCUUGCAUAUCACAUGAGGUCAGAGCAUGGGCCUGUCUUCUUUCCAGAAUCAGGACAGCCAGACUGUUUAAAGGAGAUGAGUCUGGAGGCGAAGGGUGGAGGCCGAGUUCAGCGGCGUUCUGCCAAGAUAGCUGUGUACCACCUGCAGGAACUUGCCUCCGCUGAACUGACCAAGGAAUGGCCCAAGAGGAAGGUGCUCCAGGACCUGGUACCCGAUGACCGGAAGUUAAAAUAUACUCGCCCUGGGUUACCUACAUUCAGCCAGGAAGUGCUGCACAAGUGGAAGAUGGAUAUCAAGAAGUAUCAUCGCAUCCAGUGUCCUAACCAGGGCUGUGAGGCUGUCUACAGUAGUGUAUCUGGCCUUAAGGCUCACCUGGGCUCUUGUACAUUGGGCACCUUUGUGGCUGGAAAAUACAAAUGUCUUCUGUGUCAGAAAGAAUUUGUGUCAGAGAGUGGUGUCAAGUACCACAUCAAUUCUGUCCAUGCCGAGGACUGGUUUGUUGUAAACCCGACAACCACCAAAAGCUUUGAGAAGCUGAUGAAGAUAAAGCAGCGGCAGCAGGAAGAAGAGAAGCAGCGGCAGCAGCACGGGAGCCGACGGUCGCUGAGGAGGCAGCAGCAGCCUCGAACUGAGCCUCCAGAGGGCCAGGCAGAGCCAAGGGCAGGGAAGGAGGAGGGCGGGAACGAGGAACUGGUAGUGUCUACCUUAUGUAAAGGAUCAGAGCAGGAGCCAGUCCUAGCACCGUCCCAGAAAGCCGAGCCCACCAAGACCACUCACAAACGAGGGAGGAAGUAGGCAGCCGCUGAGAGCGCUCCUAGGAGAGUGGAUGUGGUGCAGGUGGCAUGGGGACACGUGCAGGGGCCCUGAGUCGUGGGCUGGCUGAAGAUGCUUUGAGCUGUGGCUGUGGGGCUGUGGCUCUCAGCUCCUCUGUAUAAAUUUCAUGGUCUUCCUGACUAGUUCACUCUCAUCCCGCCCUGCCUUAGCAGGUUCAUAUUCCCAAGGAGCUCCCCUGAAAAAGCAGUGGCAGGCGCCGGCCCUGUGCAAGUUUAAGAAAGAAAUCAUUAGCUGGUUUUCUUUGUUCUUUCCUGUCUGGAUUACAGAUGUUCUUGGAAUUCUCUGUUGAUUUAGUGGCUGUUCCAUCACCUAGCUUACAAAACAGUUCCAAACCAAUUUUUUUUUUUUUUUAAAGCCAUGACAAGUUUUAUCCUUGUGUUUGUGACAUAAGAGGACUGGAAAGCAGAAUUGUCAUUUUUUGUUACAGUGUAGCCCUGAACCCUGGGAAGCAGAAUCUGAGGGAGGCUGCUUGUAUAUAAUUUGGUUUUACUGUUGAGAGGAAGAAAAUGACUUAGCAUGAAUAAGCUAGGAGCUCACUACAAUUGCUCUUGGAGCAGGGACGAAGUUGACCCACAGGCACGGAAACACAGCCCUUGGAGUCUAUGUCCCAAACACUAAGAUAAGAAGGAAGGGAAGGGCAGUGGCAUAAACACUGUCCUACCCUCCUAGGUUGCCAGAAUCACUACCCCAAAGCUUGAUUUUGACUCCUUGGUGUUAAGGAUGGAGAAAUGACUCGGUCCCUUGCUGGUGCCCUGAUACCUGGAAAUGCCGCUGAGGUUGCAAAGCAAGGUGUGCUCUCCCUCUCCCUUGCACUUACCUCACUUGUUAGGCCACACCCACUAAGUCCUCCUUCAUGGCACUAACCCACCUGUCUGAAUGUUCUGAGAAUACUGUCCUACUGUUUGUAUAUGGAGUUCUAUCUGCUUUAUAUUGUGAGACUUUGACACCAGAUGUAGAUAUUUCUCUGGAGCUGGAAAGAAUGGUCUCUGUACCUCAUGCUUGUCUGGUGGUGGUCAGUGGGCUUCUUCCCUGUGAAGGCGGUAUCUUUGGAACAUGAGUUAGAGUAAGUAGCCUUGUUAUUGUGUUUCUGGUUUCUCUUCCUCUUUUUGUGUAAAUAUUGUUCUUCUAUAUUCCUGCCUAUUGUAUGACAUAUGCCACUUACAAGGUAGCCUUGAUAUGGACAAAUACUACCUUUUCAAACUCUGAAAGGCUGUUUGCUACCCUUGAAGUCUCUGUUCUCUGUGCUCCUCUAAAUAGCUUUAUCAUGUGUGCUUUGUGAAGACCACUUUUCAAUAAUGGGGCAUUAAAACUUGAAUUGGGCACUUCCAGAAGGGGUCAUUUUGAAACAAGUCGAGAAAAUGAUGUGUCUGUGCUGUUUUUAUUUUUAAUUCCUGCUUACACCCUUCGAGCUCCUGUAGUAGGGUGAGGGCUGUGGAGGAGGAGAAAUAAGCUAUGUUAUGUUCUGGUGACAAGGACUUGGAGAAUACUUGGCAAUGGCAAAUAAAAUAACUCACUUAGAAAGUC